AUGCUUUCAAACCCUGCAUCCCUCUGGCGCGCUGGCGCACUCAUAGCCGCCACCGGUGUCAUCACCGGCGCAUUCGGCGCACACGGGCUUCGCCGCCGUCCUGGUGUCACACAGGAUAAUAUACAUGCUUGGGAAACAGCUGCUCACUACUCGGCGAGUCCGCGAUGUGGAGCGUAUGUCGGACGCAACUCAUCGCCGAAACCUCUUCAGGUGUUCAACGGGCUCGCGUUGAUGCUCGUGUCUUUGCAUCCUCGAUUCGCUUCUCACAGAUUCGCCGGACCUGCCAUCGCAGCGGGAUCAGUGGUAUUUUCCGGUAGCAUCUUCGCUUUGGUCUUGAACCGUGACCGGUUCAAAUGGCUUGGACCGGUGACGCCAAUAGGAGGCUUGGCGAUGAUUGCUGGGUAG